UUCGUUUAUCCGCGCCGAUAAAAAAUAAAUCAUUGAUCUCUGUCCCGUUCUCAUCGAAACAGCAUCGCAGUUUUGCUCCGUAUCUCGCAAACACAACUUUGUUCCGCAAAAAUAUAAUAUAUUUGUAUUAUAUCGGUAUUACGCAUAAUAUGAAGUCUGUCGUCCGCGUUUCGUUGGCCACCGUCUUCGGACUUUGCGUGCUGGCCAUCACCGUUUCCGGCCAACUGCUACCGGAAAACCCCAUAUCGAAAUCCACGGAAAUCCUGAGUGAUAUCCUACUGAAGGCCACAACUGAAGACCAAUCUAAUUAUGUGGUGUCGCCGUUCGCGAGUUCUGUGAUUUUGGCGCUAGCGGCCGAGGGAGCUGACACGGAAACCAAGAGCCAACUCGUAGCAACCAUGGGUGGUGAGCUACCAGACAAGAGUUCUUACAAAGAAGUUCUCACAACUAUCAAAGGUUAUUCGCUAGAUGGAUUUGCGCAGAACAAAGUCGUUCUAAAGAAUUUCUUGUACGUUUAUAAAAACUACAGUGUACAUGAAUCGUUCGCCCAACUCGCCCGGGACUAUUACUUAACUGACGUGAGGAGCGUCGAAAGACCAGACCUGGCAACAAAACGAGAUGCGACCAACAAUAUCUCCUUAGAUGACGAUAACACCUCCGAUUUUAAAGAGCACGCCUUGUUGAUCUUCAACGGUUUAUCAUUGGAAAUGAAUUGGCCGACGAGCACGUGGCACAAAACAUCAUUAUCUUGGAACGGCAACGUGGUCAAAGCGUUCGGUGCAGCCGGAAAUUUCGCCAUCGGUCAGAUACCUUCACUUGAUUGUACAGCGUUUAAAUUGCCCUACAAGAACACUGACUAUGCCUUGUUAGUGCUUUUACCAAAAAACAAAGAUGUAUCACUGAACGAAGUACUGAAAAAACUAAAUCCAGAACACGGUAUCGAACAACUAACGAAAGCGAUGACGAUGAAACCCGGUUUUGUGACUAUGCCAUGUUUCCAAAGCAGUAACAUUACCCAUCUGAAAACGGUUUUGCAACAGGGAACUCAAACGAAUACCGUAUUCACCGAAUCGGCGGACCUGUCAAAACUAUCAUCGGACAAGUUGUACUUGGACGACGUGGUCCAGCAGGCCGGAAUCCGCGUGUGCGUCGAAGGCUCUUCUUCUUAUUCGCUGACUAGUUCCGCGUUUACGUCGCAAAGGGUCAUCAAGGAGUCGGUGGUCGUGGACCGACCGUUCGCCUAUGCGCUUUACAACGUAGCCAACGGAAUAGUUUACGCCGCUGGCAAGUUGGAACGGCCGAUCUGGGAGGAGACUGACGAUGGCAGCGAUGGUUCCGACAUCGAGACAAUCAAAAUUUAGACAGGACCGAAGCGAAGAUGUAUAUUAUUAUAACUGGAGUUCGGAUUACGUUUUAGCUAUAAAAAGAAA